GAUGAAUAUUCUAACUCAUCUAAGUGCUGACGACAGCAUCCUUCUCAACAGCGACCACCACGACAUAGCCUCCCACCAGGACGUCAUCUCUCAUGACGUCAUCAAUCCACUCGUGACGUCAUCAAACCCACGUGACAUCAUAAACCCUCUUGUGACCACCUCACAGCAGCUACUGAGCCACCAAAUGCAGCGGCCCCUCCUCGACUCAAUGUCUCAGAACAUGACGUCUAGCAUGUCCUGUGAGCGGCGAGCAGCCGAGCUGUCCUCCUACAACAGUAACAACCCUGCCACUGACGAUGAGAGAGUGGUGCAGGCUAUUUUAAUAUCUCACGAUGGUCCACAGAGUUUCCCUCAGUUUAAAGAUAAUCAGCAUCAACAACUUGGAUCGCCGUAUGUGAAGAUUACUGAACGGGACGGAAAGUUCGACUCGUGGGUAGUUUUACCACUGCGUGAGUUCCAGGAGAUAUAUCAGAACAGUAUCGACCUUGUGAGGAGACAUUUGUUCGGAGCUCCUCUUUCUCACAAAGACAGCAGUGUACCGGGAGUGUUCCCAUGUGAAGAUUGUGGAUAUGUGUAUAACAAGGAGUAUAACUUACAACGACACCGCAAGGAGAAACAUGCCAUCAUUGUCAAACGGGUCAAGUGUCCGUAUUGUGGCAAGUUCUACAUCAGAGAAGACAAUUUAUUGCGGCAUGUGAGGAAUGUACACAAUCAAGAUGAGCGUUGUGUUUGUAUCCACUGCGGCGCUGACUUCUACAGAUACGCCAGCCUAAAGCGCCACAUACUGACGAAACACAAAGAUUCGAAAGUUCACAAGUGUAACUUGUGUCCCAAGUCUUUUGCUUUUAAAUGGGAGCUGAAGAUACACAAUCAGAACGCGCACGUCGUUGACCCUGGUUACACAUGUGAGUUGUGUAACAAGAAUUACAAACGUCCCCAAUCGCUCGCUGAACACAAGAAAUUCUACCACGAAGGUCAGCGCGUGAUCUGUAAGAUAGACAACUGUAACGAACUGUUCAACACCAUGGCAAACUUCAAGCGCCACAAGCGCGAGAUGCACAUGUCAGGUGAUAUAACUAUGAAGCGCGGCCCCGCACAGAGUGAGGAGAGGUUUAAGUCGUACCAGAUAGUUCCGGUGGAGAGUCUGGGGGUGGUGCGGUGCUGCGAGUGCGGGUUACCGUGCCACGGUCGCUCCGAACUCCAGAAACAUUACAAAAAGGAGCAUAAGAACUGUGCUGUGGAUGGCACGGUAACGCGGCAGAAACCGCGCAAAACAGCAGACAUCAUGUACAAGUGUAACCAAUGUCACACUACUUUUAAGGAAAUGACAAGUUACGAGAGUCACAUCGCCAAGUUCCACUCGAGUGCCUCUCCGGAGUUGUCAGUUCAGUUUCCGUUUGGGAAGGGCUCUGUUUCUUGUUGUGAUGGUGCCUGUGAUAACACCGGACUGGAUUUAAGUGUGACGUCACAGUUGUUAGCCAUUCAGGAUUGUGUGCCUUCUUCUAGUAAUAAUCAUAAUCUUUUAUAACAUCGGGAAUGUACAAUGUUACAAUGUAGUCCUGUAAACCCCGAUUUACCGCAGUGUUUGAGGGAAGGAAACUGCCGGAGUAAGUCGAGGUUUGUGGUAUAGCAAUAGAAUAUUUUGUAACCAAUGUCAACGUUAUCUUGUUGAAAACAAUUUAAAGUAAUUUAAAUAUUUUAUUUGAAAUUUCAAGUGUCAGUAUUUCAGUUUGGAUCUUCAACCUCUUUUGUAUACGCUUAUUAUUUAUUUACAUUUUCUCAGUUCAUGGUUUUUUGACAGUAGGUUUAUACAGCAAAUUUAUAAAGAAACAUUUGCAAAAUUUCCUGUUUAUGAAUUAGAAUGUAUUAUAACAGAAUAGCUAAUGUUUAAAAAGCUCGACAAAAUUUAGUUCCAUAAUUGCCCUAAUUGUAAUUUUAUUUAUAUGAUGUAAUACUUAUUUUUAAGAAUAAAAAAUGACAUUUGUUUUCAAUUAAAAUGGGACUUGGUAUUUCUACCAUGCCAUGCAGAGUCAGAAGAACAAAAUAUACGCUAGUAAAUUGUUGCUCAAAUAAUUUAUUUGCC